ACUGUGAAUUUAGUUGUCAAUUUUGCUUUAGAAAACAUUUCUUGUACCUCCACACUAAAAUUUCGAAAUAUAUUUAAACAUGCCACAGAACGUGCUGAUAGUCUGCGUGGGAAACAUUUGCCGCUCCCCCAUUGCUGAGGCUGUGAUGCGUGACAAGAUUGCCAGGGCGGGGCUGCAGGAGGAUUGGUAUGUGGAGAGCGCCGCCAUUGAGGGUUGGCACUGCGGCUCCAGGCCGGACGAGCGUGCGCUGAGGGUGCUGGACGAGCACAACAUCGAAUGCAGCAGCGUGGCGCGUCAGCUGCAGCCGGAGGAUUUUCAAAGAUUCGACUACAUACUGGCCAUGGAUCGGAGUAACUUGGCAUCGCUGAAGCAUUUGGCACCGAAAGGUGGCAGGGCCAAGCUGCUGCUGCUUGGAGAUUUUGGCCUAAAGCCGGACGAGCGCAGCAUCGAGGAUCCAUACUACCUCAUGGGCUUGGCUCCAUUCAAAAAGAUUUACGAACAAUGCACCAUUGCCUGUGAGAAAUUUCUGAAACAAGCGCAAAUGAAUGAAAUCUGGUAAACCAAAUUCAAAUAUGGCGCACCUUUUAAGCUGCAAAUGAACCUGGAACGACGCAGCAAUCAGCUGUGUGUUAUCGCAGUAAAGUAUCGAUAUACGUCGACUAGGAAUACAAAUUGAACGCACUAAAAGCACACAACUAUAUAAAAU